UGAGGCUGCCUGCUCCUCCUUUCGGAUCCGGAUCAUGCAAGCUUUAUUCAGUCUCCAGUCUGCAUACCUUUGUGUUUGCAUCAAGUUGGGGAAGUCCGAAAACUGCGUCGCUGCAGCACUGGCGAGCCCCGACCAAUGAGCCGAACAGAACGUGCUGUGAAUCCUGAACACAGUUUGGAGUUGAUUUUUUUUAUUCAUUUUUUAUUGAAGUGCAGCAUCUUCUAAUCGAAUUACAUCAGCUGUUCAUUGACCCUUCUAACUUGGACUUUUUGUUAAUUGCAUUUAUUGAUUGAGAACACACACUCGCCAAGUUUUGUUUUUUUGGUCGACAUGGCGGCACUCUUUCAGAGAUUCAGCGGCCGGAUCAACACAAACAAAUCCUUCCCGAGCCCACCAGAGGCUAACCAUCUCCUCGGGCAGGGUGUGGAGGGGGAGCGGACGGCAGAGAGCCAGCGACCCCGGCACCAGCACCGGCAGCAAUGCGAGGACGAGGAUGAGCUGGUGGGCAGUAACCCUCCGCAGAGGAACUGGAAGGGAAUAGCGAUCGCCCUUCUUGUUAUUCUGAUCAUCUGCUCACUGAUCGUCACCUCCGUCAUUCUGUUGACACCAGGUGAAGAUGACCAACUGGCUCUCAAGGGCAAGAUGACUGUUGCAGACCUCUUUAGAAAAAAAUUCCAGGUUCAUGACCCUAACGCCAAAUGGAUAAGCAGUUCUGAGCUUAUAUAUCGGAAUCGUGAUGGCGAUGUUAUUAAGUUCAAUGUCGACACUGAUGAAAAGACCAUCUUGGUGCAUAAAAAGAAGUUUGAAAUGUACAAAGCCAGCAAGUAUGAGGUGUCUCCUGAUUUGAAACAUGUGCUGCUGGCCUACAACGUCGCACCGGUGUACCAGCAUUCUUACACAGCCUUCUAUAUCAUCUGCAGUCUGGAUACUCCGGCGACCUGGAACUUGAACCCUCCAGAGGUGCGAAAUGCUCAGCUGCAGUAUGCAGGCUGGGGACCCCAAGACCAGCAACUGAUCUUCAUUUUUGAGAACAACAUCUACUAUCGCUCCAGGGUAGACAACCGCUCCAUUCGUCUGGUGUCUACUGGCAAGGAGGGCGUCAUUUUCAAUGGGCUCAGUGAUUGGCUGUACGAAGAGGAGAUUUUCCAGUCCCACAUUGCGCAUUGGUGGUCUCCUGAUGGUGCCAGGUUAGCUUAUGCCACCAUCAAUGACACCCUGGUGCCAAGGAUGGAGCUGCCCAUGUUUACAGGCACACCCUACCCAACAGGAAAAGAGUACCACUACCCUAAGGCUGGGGAGGAGAACCCUGUUAUCACCCUGUCUGUUGUGAAUCUUAAUGGCCCACUUCACACCAUCGAGAUGAGGAGACCUGAUGAUCCCAGGAUGGGAGAGUUUUAUGUGACCAUGGUGAGAUGGGCCACCACCACCAAACUGGCCAUCAACUGGCUGAACAGAGCCCAGAACAUCUCCAUACUCACACUGUGUGAGGCCACAACAGGCGUCUGCACAAAGAAACAUGAGGAUGAAAGUGAAGGAUGGCUCCACAGACAGAAUGAGAAACCUCUGUUUUCCAGAGAUGGGAUGAAAUUGUUUUUCACCCGUGCCAUUCCUCAAGGCGGCAGGGGAAAGUUCUUCCACAUUUCCAUGUCCGUCUCCCAGCCCAACACCAGUAUAGACACGCUACAGUCCAUCACGUCUGGAGACUGGGAUGUCACCCAAGUCCUGGCCUACAAUGAGGACAGCCAAUUGAUAUACUUCUUGAGCACUGAGGAUGGUCCUAUGCGAAGACAUUUGUACAGCGCGGACACCUUUGGUUCAUUCAAUCGCCGCUGUUUGUCAUGUGCCUUGUCUGACAGCUGUGAUUACAUCAGUGGGUCUUUCAGCCACAACAUGAGCUAUUUCCUGCUCAACUGCAAAGGACGCAACAUCCCAUUUGUAGCUGUUUACAAGACGCAGAGAGACGGAGAAAGUGAGACACAAGACAGGGAGAGUAUUGCAGAAGUACAUAACCUGGAGAGCAAUGAGAACCUGCGGCUGACCCUGGACUCCAUGCAGAUGCCCACUGUGGAGUACAAGAAGAUCGAAAUUGAUGACUACACCCUGUCCAUGCAGAUCCUCAAACCUGCCGGCUUCGUGGACACAUCACACUAUCCUGUGCUCCUGCUUGUCGAUGGGACACCUGGUGGUCAGACGGUGGUGGAGAAAUUCCACUUAGACUGGGCCACAGUGCUGGUGAGUAGCUUUGGAGCUAUUGUGGUGCGCUUUGACGGGCGAGGCAGCGGCUUCCAGGGCACCAACCUGCUGCACCAGAUCCAGAAUAAACUGGGGUUGUAUGAGGAAGAGGAUCAGAAGGCAGCACUCAGUUCUAUUUUGAAAGAGUCCUAUGUUGACAAAACCAGGGUUGGAGCUUUUGGAAAGGUGUAUGGAGGCUUUGUGACCAGCCUUUUGGUCCGGGGCGAUGAAUCCCCUGUGAAGUGUGGAGCAGUCCUCUCACCCAUUACCGACUUUGAAUUAUACGCGUCGGCAUUCUCCGAGAGAUAUCUUGGGCUGCCUAAACCCGACCCGAGGGCAUACACAAUGGCAAAUUUAGCUCACAAAGCCUCUCAGUCCAUGGAUAAUAAGUUUCUUAUAAUUCAUCCGACAGCCGAUGAAAAGGUCCAUUUCCAACAUACAGCAAAAUUCAUCAACCAGCUCAUCAAUGAAAAAGCCAACUACACGUUACAGAUCUACCCUGAUGAAGGCCACUUCAUACACAGUGAGGCAACAAGGCAGCACCUCAGCCAGUCCCUGGUGAACUUCUUCGAGGAAUGCUUCAGGCUACCAGAACGAGUGUUCGAGGAGGCCCUGGAAGAGGAGAGCGAAGAUGAGGGUUAGCUUUGCCUGAGGCUAGUGUGCCCCCAAUCCUUCCUACCCAUGCUACCUUACCUCCAUCCUGUCCCUGUGCCCAAGCACAACACUGGAAUACAAUUGUCCACAAUAUGCAACUCUUGUCUGUUCUCACUUAAUUGAUUCGCAUUUGGACUCCCUGUGUCCGCAUUCUGAACCUGACACUGCCCCAACAGCAGAUGACGGAUAGAGUCCUACAUCCAUCCUUUCAUCUUCUGCCCUGAGUUCGAAUCCAGAUGGCCCUUGAGAGAGCCGACAACAAAAUUAAAUGUACUGAUUGAUUCAACUUUACAGCAGGUUGGACUAGCUCCUCAAAAGCAAAGAAGACGAAGCCUCAGCUUUCACACAGACAUUCAAGCUGAGGACAAGGGACACCUUAUAGCACAUAACUUGUGGGCUUGUAUAUUAUUCAAAUUCAGACACCAGGUGAAGAACACUGGUUAAAGGUGUUCAGGGUGUCUGGAAUUGUGGCGAUACAGGAAAUGUUACUAUUUUUAAAGUUGUGAAGAACUUUCAUGUUGGACUGUGGUUGUGUCUAUUGUUAUUGCAGUUUGUAAAAUAGCACACAAGCGUUCACUCUGAUAUUAGAAAUAUAUUUCUUUUGUUAUUCAUAUUUGCCCUGAUGUUCAUCUCGUACCCUCAAUUUUAUGUUUCUCAGUGAUACUGGCAAAACAUGUUCAACAAUGUUUUGCAGUUUUAUCAAAUGUGUUUUUGUUUUUUUCAAAUAACAGAAGUAUCAACUUCUUUUAGUCACUGUGCCUUACUUUGUCAGAAAACAUUCAACUGUGGGAUUGCAUUUAUGAAAUAUAAGUUUUUUUUUUAGGAAUGUUGUGUUCUUUGGAAGUUAACCUAUUAACUUUACUUCUUCUUGAGAGUUGGAAGAGAGACUUGGUUCCACAGAAAAAAAGCUAGAUUAGCUUUGUCAAAAAGUAGAAAAAAUAGCUGAACUGACAAAAGUGUAAAAACUACAAGUUGUCAUUUUAUGGGACAUUAAUAACAGUGGUAUUUAUAUUUUCAUCUAACUCUCAUAAAGAAAGUGAAUAUGUAUUUUUCCCCACAUAGUAGCUGUUAUAUAAAAUAUAUAGGAAUGAAAUUGAUCAUUCUUAAUGUUAGCUAGGCAUAAUUUGUCAUUGACACACUGAAGGGAUUUUAAAGUUUCACAGAAAAAAUAUGAACCAUUCUCUGGAAAUAUUUGCAUUGAUUUCACACCAAAAUGUACAGAAUCUGCAUGCAUCAUGGCUUAUAAGAAGUUUGGGAAUGGUUGAUGAGGGAAAUGUAUAAUCAGUGCAGGGACAGCUGUGUUUUUAUUGAAAGCACUUUCUCAUUUCCCCUUGGUUUUUUUGAGUGGAGACACAUAGUGUGUGACAAGGUUGAAGGCAAGCCUGAGCAACAUCUAAGUUAUAUAAGGGGUAAAAUGGUCUAAUGCAGAAAACGGCUUAUGAACUGAUACAUUCUAAAGGUACAAUAUGAUUUCCCAUCUUUUAUUUAUUUAUUUAUUUGAAUGACCAUUCGUGUUUCGUUCCAGUGCAUGUAAAGAUUUUAUUUACAGCACUAUCCAUGAUGGUUCGGUUCCAGAUGGUAAUUUUUGACAUCUUGAAUGUUCCUUACUGGAUUUCAUAAAUGACAUUUCCAGUAGUAUUGUGAUUGAGAUCCCAGUCUCGUCAGCUUCAUGUGUAACGGUUAUUCAAAUAUCAUUUUAUUCUAAAGAGAAAAUAAACAAUAUUACUGUUAUUGUGCAUAAAGCAUUUUGGAAGUUA